AUGAGCAGGGAGCUACCCGCAAGCUGGUUUACUGCCCAAGUUCCUAUCAGGAAUGGAGUAAGCUCACAGGACCGUGAAAGAAUAAAUCAGGAACAUCGAGAACGAAACUCGCGGAUCUCAAGGGUGGCACAGAGCGAAAUGGCGUUGCGUAGUAUAUUUCCUGUCGGUAAUGAACAGCAGAUUAAUGCCAAUGGUAAUGAAGAAAUUAGAGCUACCGAUAUGAACGGUGAGAAUGGCGUGGAAUGUGUGGAAGAAACUCAGGAUGACAUAGAAAACGAAGACGAAAACGACGAAGAUGAUGACCAGGAAAACAGAUCUAGAAGUCCGGUUUUGGAGAACACCAGCGUUCAAGUUUCUCUAAAUAACGGCAUAAGCACAGACGAAGACGUUGUGAUGUCGGAAACCGGAGAAUCAGUCAACAUGGCUAUAAUUCAGCGAUUCGAAGAGCAGGCUCACGAAAAGCUGAAUGAGUGCAUACGUAUCAUUGAGGCCAGGCGAGAUGCUCUACUACAAUCUUUCGAAUCUGACAACGCCAUGUUACAACAGAUCCAGCAAAAUGACAAUCGCGAGUCCACAGACCCCGACUUUAUUUCCAGCAUAAACAGACUACAGCGCAUUCGGUUACGAGCAAUAGAAAUGGAAACCUUACAGCUGCAGCGCGUGAAGGUCUACUUUAAAAAUAAGAUGUCAGAGUUUAGAUCGCUGGUCAGUAACUAUCUCCUGGCACAGGCCCGUGGCGAAUAUGUCGAAAGUCCUCUCAAAGUUUCGAGGAACAUGUUCAAAGAUCUGAAUCCUCAAUUGACGUCUGGCAUGAAGCUUGCUUUGGCUGGGAAAGACGAUAAUGGCCAUCAGCUCGAUAUUACGGGACUUCGGGAACGGCUUCUAUAUCCCUUACAUCAGCCUCCCACGAAAAGGAAGUUUCCACUCAAAAGGCUUCCAGCCGAAAUCUUGAGUAUGGUGCUGGAUCGAUUAUCUCAAAAAUCUGAGGUUGUCAAGUUCAUGACAGUAUGCAAGUUUUGGGCCGAAAUCAUUGUCAAGGUGCUGUAUUAUAGGCCGCACAUCAAUAAAAAGUCUCAGCUCGAACAUUUUAUGACCACCAUGCAAAGACCUGCCUAUCAAACUCUUUUCAAUUAUCGGGCCAUGGUGAAGAGACUCAAUUUUUCGUUUGUUGGCGAUUACAUGACAGACGAGCAGCUUAUACAUUUCGUUGGCUGUCCCAACCUAGAGCGAUUAACACUCGUAUUUUGCAAACACAUAACGAGCUCUUCAAUAUCGCUCGUGCUUCAAGGGUGCAGAUUUUUACAGAGCGUCGACAUUACAGGCAUUAAAGAGGUCUCUGAUAGCAUUUUCAACACUUUGGCAUACCAAUGCCAGCGUGUUCAGGGAUUUUAUGUGCCGCAGGCAAGGGACGUUUCCUUUUCUGCACUACAUACUUUCAUCACUCAUGCACCAUUACUGAAAAGGGUUAAAAUUACUGCAAAUCUUAAUAUGAAUGACGAACUAGUCACUUUGUUAGCUACGCUUUGCCCACUUUUGGUAGAGGUGGAUAUCACACUUUCACCAAAUGUCCAUGAUAACAGUUUGGUUACAUUGUUUUGUCAACUCACGCAGCUCAGAGAGUUCAGAAUUACUCACAAUCCCAACAUCACUGACAAGUUCCUCAAGCAGCUUAGUCUUCAAGUAGACCACUUACCGGCGUUGAGACUAAUAGAUCUAUGUGAUUGCGAAAACAUAACUGACAAGACAGUUGAGAGACUUGUAUCGUUAGCCCCCAAACUGCGAAAUGUAUUUUUUGGAAAGUGCAGCAGAAUAACGGACAACUCGUUGGUCCACUUGUCACGGCUUGGAAAGAAUUUACAGACCAUUCAUUUUGGGCACUGUUUCAACUUAACAGAUAGUGGUGUGCGCAUUUUGAUUCAGUCAUGCCCUAGGAUCCAAUACGUUGAUUUUGCUUGCUGCACGAAUUUAACAAAUCGUACCUUAUAUGAGCUGGCCGACCUCACCAAAUUGAAGAGGAUUGGAUUAGUUAAAUGUUCUCAAAUGACAGAUGAGGGCCUUCUAAACAUGAUGGCACUGAGAGGAAGAAACGAUACUCUUGAGAGAGUGCAUUUAUCCUAUUGUUCAAACUUAACCAUUUAUCCAAUCUAUGAGCUUCUAAUGGCUUGUCCUAAGCUUUCACACCUGUCACUUACGGCAGUUCCCUCCUUUUUGCGGUCUGACAUAACGGCAUUUUGUCGUGCUGCUCCCUCAGACUUCAGCGACAACCAGAGACAGAUUUUCUGCGUUUUUUCGGGAAAAGGUGUUCAUAAGCUAAGGCAUUACUUAAUGAGUCUCACUGCGCCUACCAAUGGCCCGCAGACUAAUGUUCGAGAAGUUUUAACCAACUUCAUUGUUUUGAAGAGUCUUAUCAAAGAGGGUGAGGACCUGGAGGCGGGCAUGCGUAGAGUGGCAAGUGAGCUGAAUCAAGAAACUCCUGCAAUUUUGGCGGCAACUCACAGUCUAACUCCCUUAAACGCCAUGAACAACAACGAUUUUGCAUUCCAAAACAUCAAUUUUGAAAGACUUGAAGAUGUCUUUUUCUCACUCCAGCGGGUACCGCAAGAUCGCAUACUUGAUGAACAUGACGUGGAUCGACUAUUUCCGCUCAUCGACGAGGAGUUUUGUGAAGAUCCUGACGCUGACCAAUUUGCGGGAAUAGACGGCUGCGUGGCACCAGAAGCAUCCGAGGACUUGAACAGUGAACUCGCGCAAAUGGUACGAAAGUUUCAUGAUAUACAGGAACGUGUUUGUGAUUUUGAAGUAAAUGUCGCAAGUAUGGUCAGAGUUCAAUUUCAGUUCGCGGGCGCACUCUUGAAUGAGAUGACUCACAUAUAUUUUCAGAUGGUAGACCUUAACAGGUGUAUUUCACAAAUUCAGUCGCGGGUAUACGACAUGCGUGAUGAUAGGAACUUGAAAGGCCUGACUAUUUGGCGCAUAAUAUGGCAAGAGAAAUUUGACCACAUGUUGGAAAAGUACGAGUUGACCACUGUGGUGUUGAGGCUGUAUCUAAGGGACAAUGUAGCAGCGCUGACUCGGCAACGCGAGUUGUUUUUAGCGAGACAGCGAAUUCCUACCGAAAACUCGAAUGGGGCAGAUGUAGUUCGAGACUCGGUGGCUACGGAUGCCAAUGGUUGGAAUGCUGACCGGAGCGACAGAAACAAUCCUUGGAGGAGAUUUGAAAUUCGUAACGAGAUGCGCAUGGUACAGUUUGGGCUUCAGGCACUCCCCGGUGCUCAAGACGGUUUACCCCCCAUUCAGACCUUCUUUCCCACCGAUUUAGGUCCGACGGAUACUUCACAGGAUGAAGAUGAAUAUCUAGAAGACGCAUAA